AUGUAUCCUCGAGGUUGUAAGGAUUCUAAAUCAGAACGAUCAAAAGAUGGUGCGAUGACUCACAUCCAUAAGACAACAAACAUGGACGGCAAUUUGCAAACAGAGUUCUCCUCGAAGCCGAAGCGAGGAGUCUACCUCUCUAAGGGCCUUGCAUCCGUGAUAUUCAUUAUAUUUACUCUAGCAUUAAUAGCUACAGCUUUCAUUGUUUAUAACUUCGCCGCCUGUCCAAGGACAGACCAGUUAGCAAAUGUUACGAAAUACGAACUUAACCACUGUGAUCAAAAUAAACUAACAGUUAUACCUUUAAGUACUGAAUCUAGCAAAAGCGUUACGAACUUCGAAAUAACGACCAAUUCUGUAGAAACGACAACUGAAGUUGAAAUAAACAAAGUGAUUGACGUGCGGUUACCAAAUAGUAUCAAACCAGAUCGGUAUUACUUAAAACUAACUCCGUAUAUAUUUGAAAGCAACUUUACAUUCGAUGGUGAAAUAAGUGUUGUUAUUACAGUGAAAAAUGAUACAAAUAAGGUAACAUUUCAUGGUGUUGAAUUAGUGUUUCAUACAAUUGGACUAUUCAAGAAGGACGAUGGAAAAGAGAUCGACAUAGAGCAAAGGACGGAGGAUAUGGAAAGGCAGUUCCAUAUUUUGGUAACUGCGGAGACGUUGAAGGCGGGACAGCAAUACGUUUUAAAUAUAACGUAUACUGGGAUUUUAAAUGAUAAUCUCCAUGGGUUUUACAGGAGUUCAUACGAAGAAAAAAAGGACAAACGAUGGAUAGCUGUGACGCAGUUUCAAGCGACCGACGCAAGAAGAGCAUUUCCCUGCUGGGAUGAACCAGCGCUUAAGGCCAGGUUUACGAUCAGCCUCGCUCGACCUGCGAAUAUGAGCUCCAUAUCGAAUAUGAACAUCGUUGGACACCAGAGACACGACCAUCUGGAUAGUUACAUAUGGGACCACUAUGCUGAAACUCUUCCUAUGUCAACUUACCUUGUCGCAUUUGCGGUGACCGACUUUGGUAAUAUGAGUCGCGAUAACUUCUCCGUAUGGGCGAGAAAAGACGCUCUAUCCUCUGCAGCUUAUGCCUUAGAUAUUGGCCCGAAGAUACUCAAGUUCCUGGAAGAUUAUUAUAAGAUUAAAUUCCCCUUGCCGAAGAUUGACAUGAUUGCGUUACCGGAUUUCAAGGCCGGCGCCAUGGAGAAUUGGGGACUGUUGACAUUUAGAGAAAUAGCAAUGCUGUAUGACGAUGGCGUUUCACCCACCACGGCAAAAGCUAGAGUGGCUGCAGUAGUUGCCCAUGAGAUUGCUCACCAGUGGUUCGGGAACUUGGUGACGCCAGCCUGGUGGUCAGAUAUAUGGCUCAACGAAGGAUUCGCGAGCUACGUAGAGUAUGUUGCUGUUGAUGCUGUAGAAAAGACUUGGAAGUUGAUGGAAGUUUUUGUGCUAAAUGAAGUUCAAAGUGUAUUCAAAUUGGACGCGCUAACAUCAUCACAUCAAAUAUCAGUCGAAGUUGGAAACCCAGAAGAAAUAGGAGCAAUUUUCGAUAAGAUAUCUUAUGGAAAAGGUUCAGCAAUACUUCGCAUGAUGAAUCAUUUUCUUACGGAUGACGUAUUCAAUGCCGGCAUCACAGACUACUUGAAUGCCAAAAAGUAUGGUGACGCCGAACAAAAGGAUCUGUGGAGCGCUCUCACAAAUGCCGCUAGGGAAAGAGGCAACAGUGAUCUCGAUGUCGCCGUCAUCAUGGACUCAUGGACUUUGCAGACUGGCUUCCCAGUUUUGACUGUUACCAGAGACUAUGAAAUAGGGACUGUAACGUUUAAACAGGAGAGAUUCAUCCUCAUCAACGGGUCUUUGGACGAUCAGAAACCAGUGUGGUGGAUUCCAGUCUCUUACACUACCGCUUCUGAGAAGGACUUUGAGUCGACUCAACCAAAAUUAUGGUUAAAAGGAGAGAGGUCGUCAGUAGCUAAAAAUAUAUCUAUUGCCCAUAGUGACUGGAUCAUUGCGAAUAUACAACAGACAGGAUUUUACCGCAUCAAUUACGAUCAACGAAAUUGGGAGAUGCUUAUAAAAAUUCUAAAUGACCCGAAGAGGUUCGAGGAGAUUCAUCCAAUUAACCGGGCGCAGAUAAUAGAUGAUGCGAUGAAUUUGGCCCUAUCGGGUCGUUUGGACUACCGUAUAGCUCUGGACAUAACCAGUUAUUUGAAACACGAGAGAAGUUACGUACCCUGGAAGUCUGGGCUGGUAGCACUGGGUUAUAUAGACACGAUGUUAUCCAAAGGAGCUUAUUAUCUUGAAUACCAGCGUUACGUUCUACGUCUAUUACACGGGGCAGUUAAGGACCUCGGCUGGGAAGUAUCCACCAACGAGAGUGUAGUACGCGCACAACACAGAGUCGACCUCUUAUCAACUGCUUGCCACCUUCAACAAGUGGAAUGCUUGGAGCAUGCUGUAAGAAUGUACACAAACUGGAUGCUGACUCCGAAUCCUGAUACAUUUAACGAAAUUCACGCUGAUAUAAGAAGCACUGUAUAUUGCGUUGGAGUUCAAGCUGGUGGGGCGCGUGAGUGGAACUUUGCUUGGGAGAGGUUCAUGACAGCCAGUGCGCCCUCUGAAAGGGAACUUCUUCUGUCUGUUCUAGGAUGUACCAGGGCACCAUACUUAUUAUACAGAUACCUGGAGUUGUCCUUGCGAAAUGAUAGCGGCAUACGGAAGCAAGAUACAGUAAGAGUGUUCUCAGCCGUUGCCAGUUCGUCUAUCGGAGAACCCAUCGCAUUUAGUUUCGUCAGAGACAAUUGGCAGAGACUUAAGGAAUUUGUUGGUUCUGUAUCAACCAUGAAUUCAAUACUGAAGGUAGUAACGAGAAGAAUAAAUCAAGCUCAUGAAUUUGAUGAGCUAAAACGUUUUGUAUCGUCCUACGACAAGGAGCUUGGUCGUCCAGUACAGCAAGUUCUUGAAAGAACAGAAGCAAACGUGCAAUGGAUGAAUAGGAAUUACAAAACUAUCGUUUCUUGGCUCCUAAAGGCUGAUAAAGAAACUGUUAUUGAGUGA